AAUGUAUGUAUAUGUAUAUAGGCAAAUAAAAUAAAAUAAAAUAAAUAGUGUAUAACACAUGAAUAUAUACACACAUACAUCUGCAUACAUACAUUUAUACAUGUAAUAAUGUCCAUCUCUAAUUCGAUUUUCGAAGUAUCCUUAGAAGUGGGGGAUGGAGGUUAAUAGAGAGGGUUUUUAGGGUAGAGUCGGAGGUGGCGAGGAAGCGAGUCUCGCUCGCUCGCAUUGCGAAGUGCACAAACUCAAACUCUCUCUCUCGUCGCAAUCCUCUCGGAUUCGCACCGCGCACCGUCUCCGUCUCGGUCCAUUCUCCUGCCCAGACGUCGCCGGAAUGCUUCCUCCUCCUUCUCCUCCUCCCUCACUCCGCUCGCCACCAAUUCGGGCUGCAUUGUCUCACUCGGGUGGCCCUCUGCCCGAUUCUCCGCCUCCCACCUUGUGGCCUUGAGUGCGAUCCUACUUUGUUUGCUCUUCAAUCUUCCGUUUAAUCUCGUCUUGUGGGUUCGCCUGUCGGUCCCAGUUUUGCUGCCCUUGUUGUCCCAUGAGCUCUGCACGAUUUUGGAACCCUUCGUAAGGAAACGGUCACCAGUUCAGUGCAGUGACAUCGGGCUAAACGUGCUGCGAAUAGAAACAGUUGGGUGGCUCUGGAGAUUAGGGUUGCGAGAUUAGGGGUGCGAGGUUCAGUUUCAACGUGCUCAUGAGCACAACAUUCUGGCCUCGUCGAAGCGGUAGCGAAUCUGGUUUUGGUCGUGGAGAGACGUAAUUGGGGUUGCGAAGCUGGAGAGGUAGGAGCUGAGCAGUGGACAUGGCUAGCGAAGCCGCCGAUCCCAGCUCGUCAGGGGCGGGGGCACCCGAGGAGAUCAAGAUUUCACGCUCCAUCCGUAGUUGUAGAGGAUGUUUGUUGUAUUCGAGUAUAAUGCGUGAACGUGGACGUAAUCCCGUGUGUCUGGGUCUCAGCCGGAGCACUGAUGCGCAAGCGUACAUCCCCGAUGGUAAAAUGGACAACGAAGUCGCUAGGAAUUUUCGAAACUUCACAGAUUUCAAGUAUGCCUGCAUAGGGUACAGUACCCACAAGGAGGUUAAUUCUAAUCAAUUGACCCAGCCGACGGACUCCACAAACGAGCUUCCCUACUGCUUUGGCCUGGAGUUUCUUGCUGAUAGAAAGCCAACCACGCAGGCUGUUCCUUCUACCGAGACAGCUCCUUACACCAAUUCACCUCCGCCUCCUAAGCCUCUGCAGGAACGACCGCACAGAGAAGAUGGCCCCAACGCAUUACCGAGGCCACCAUCGUCCAUAGGUGGCUUGGGCGGAGGAGGGUUGUCCGCUGACGAGUUUGCAACCAGGUUUUUUCGCUCGUCUAGAUUGGUGGCAACUGCUGUUGUAAACAAUGUGGGUAGGGUUGCAAGCAACAUUAGAUCCACAAUAGAUAAGAUCUUUACAUCAGACCAAGGUCGUCCAAAAGCUUGACUCUCCUGCUGCCAGCCAUGUGUAAGUAGAAUAACUCCACGUUUCUGAUCCAGAGUCGACACCUUUGAAUACACUCAUUAGCUUCUUGCAGACAAUCGGGAUUAGCGGUCGAAUUUGACACUGGCGUCCGGUCAAUGCCACGUGAACUCCACUCGCGGUGGCUAUCUACAUGUAGAUCCAGCCUGUGAGUCCUUCGCUAUGAGUGACUUUGAAGUGUGAGCAAUCAGCAGCAUAUGUAGUGGAGGCUGAUUAUUUAAGGGUGGGGUCUACUCUUACGGGCUGAUUAUUGUAGCCUCUUCUGCAAGUUAUUUCUCCAUUCUCUAGCAGUUUCUUCUAAACCUACGAGUAUCUACUUUGCAGUUUACUUCAUGUGAUAGACUUUGAGGUUGGUACAUGGUCCUCGUUCUCAUACCAGCUGGGAUGUACCUGCUUGAUUCUUCGAGGAGACCUUCUGCUUGAGUUGAGUAAACAGGAUGAUUGAUGCUCAAUUGGAUUGAAACGCUGCUAUGACUAUACAAUCGGCAUUGUAUUGUUUCAAGAGUUGUAACAUGCUGUACUCUGGAAAGACUUAUGAGUUCA